AUGUUGACCCUCGCUAAAGCCAUCGCUAUACUCGCCUACACCAGCGCAGUCACUGCCACACCUGUUCCAGAUGCUGGCGCCACUUUUACUCUAGAGUCGAGAGAAGUCGAUCCAGCCCCUCUGCACCAGCUCGAGCACAUCGUCAACAUCAAGCGCAAGGCCGGUGUCGAGGUGCACCCCAAGCUCGCCGAGGCUGCGAACCAGUUUGCUGUGAAGAGACACGCCGAAUUGGCUGCUCGAGAGGCCACUGGCACCGCAUAUGGUAAAAGUCCUCGCUCAUGGGACGCUGCAUUUAUCUAUCCCGUGCAAGUCGCUGGCAAGACAUUCCGUCUCUAUGGAACAACUUCAGCCUCUGAUACCUGGGUCUAUUCUUCUGCCAUACCCAAGAACCAGACGAGCGGUCACGCCCUCUACGACCUCAACCCUGCCCACAAGACACCCGGUAAUUUCACUAUUGGAUAUGACGGCGCCAACGCACAAAUAGCUGGUGAUUUAUACGUCGAGCCAAUCACUGUCGGUGGCAUCACAGCCAAGACAACCUUUGGAGCCGCCACCCAAGCCAUCUCGGACUUCACAGACGACACGGAUGCAGACGGCUUCCUCGGACUCGGCCCCAUGGAAUACAACUUCCUCGGCGACCUCGGAACCCACAAGACCUGGUUCAGGGAAGCGCUCCCACAGCUCGCAAAACCCGUCUUCAGCGUCGUCCACACAAAGGGCCACGGCGUCUUCGAAUUCGGCUUCAUCAACACCAAAAAGAUUAACGGCGCCAUCACCUGGGUCGACAACGUCCUCGAGGACUAUUGGGCCGCGUACAGCUUCUACGGCGAUGGCUGGAGCGUCGGCGACAAGAACGCAAAGACUAGCCCCCGAAAAAUGAAUAUUCAUCUCAAUGCUGGCACAGAUGUUAGCUUUACAGAUCCGGAUAUCGUCAAAGAGUGGUACUCCAAGAUCCCGGGCGCAGUCACAAAGGACGAGCAGGGCUACACGAUCCCUUGCAACAGCAAGCCUCCAGGCUGGACCGUCGUUAUUGGCGGCCGCAAGUUCUUCACACCGGGUUGCCAGCUCAUUUCGCAGCCCAUGGAUGACGAGGGCAAGAUCUGCCUAGGUGGUCUGCAGAACAUUGGUGGAGGCGUGGAUUUCUCUCUCUUCGGCAUAAACUUUUUCAAGGGCAAGACUAUCAUUCAUGACUUUACGAACCCGAAAAAGGUUAAGCUUGGGUUUGCGCUGCAGCCUGGUUCCCAGUAA